AUAGGCCUAGGCCUGGCGCGCCUCCGCACCGCAGUGGUCCGCCCGCAGCGCCUGUUGCCCCCCUCCGCCAUCCGCUCCGCCAUCCCCUAGGCGUUCCGUCUGCCGCACCUCACGUACGCCGCGCCGCCUCUCUGUAGUCGCCCUCGAAGCGCCAUAACCGGCCUGAGCCCCCGGCCGCCUCCCUCCUCACGUCUCUCGGUGUCCUCGGCUGGCCGGAGCGAUGCGGCUGGGCCCGGGGCCCGCGGCGCUGGGGCUGCUACUGCUGCUGUGCGCCGCGGCGGCCGGCGCCGGUAAGGCCGAGGAGCUGCACUACCCGCAGGGCGAGCACCGCAGCGACUACGACCGCGACACGCUGCUGGGCGUCCAGGAAGAAGUUGAUGAAUAUGUUAAACUCGGCCACGAAGAACAGGAAAAAAGACUGCGGUCGAUCAUAAAGAAAAUUGACUUGGACUCAGAUGGCUUUCUCACCGAAAGUGAACUCAGUUCAUGGAUUCAGAUGUCUUUUAAGCAUUAUGCUAUGCAAGAAGCGAAACAACAGUUUGUCGAAUAUGAUAAAAACAAUGAUGGUAGCGUGACAUGGGAUGAAUACAACAUUCAGAUGUAUGAUCGUGUGAUUGAUUUUGAUGAGAAUACUGCUCUGGAUGAUGCAGAAGAGGAGUCAUUUAGGCAGCUUCAUUUAAAGGACAAGAAACGAUUUGAAAAAGCUAACCAAGAUUCAGAUCCUGCUUUAAAUCUUGAAGAAUUUAUUGCUUUUGAGCAUCCUGAAGAAGUUUAUUAUAUGACGGAAUUUGUCAUUCAGGAGGCUUUAGAAGAACAUGACAAAAAUGGUGAUGGAUUUGUUAGUUUGGAAGAAUUUCUCGGUGAUUACAGGCGGGAUCCAACUGCAAGUGAAGAUCCAGAAUGGAUACUUGUUGAGAAAGACAGAUUCGUGAAUGAUUAUGACAAAGAUAACGAUGGCAGGCUUGAUCCCCAAGAGCUGUUAUCUUGGGUAGUACCCAAUAAUCAGGGUAUUGCACAAGAAGAGGCUCUUCAUCUCAUUGAUGAAAUGGAUUUGGAUGGUGACAAAAGGCUCUCUGAAGAAGAGAUUCUGGAAAACCAGGACUUGUUUCUUACCAGUGAAGCCACGGAUUAUGGCAGACAGCUCCAUGAUGACUAUUUCUAUCAUGAUGAGCUUUAAUCCCUGAGUAUGUCUGAGUAGAAUACCAGACCCUUUUAUAAUUUGUUACCAGCUUUACUUUUGUGAUAAAAUAUUGAUGUUGUAUUUUACACUCUUAAGUCUUACCACAGUCAGAUUAUCUUAAUGUAGAUUAUAAUUUUGGCCUUUUAG